AUGUCUAGAUCACAUAUAUCCCAGAACUUCGAGUCGAUCUUACCAGAAUAUCAACACAUUUCAACUGUAUCUGUUCCCCGAACAAGCAAAUACAGAGCACCGCUUGCCACAUCACGUACAAAUUUGACCAACAUAAAAUUAGAAAACAAUACAUUACAAGAUGAACCUCGAAUGUUAAAAUUCGGCCUUCUUAACAUUAGAUCGCUUACCAAUAAAGAACCUAUUGUUAAUGAAAUAAUUAAUGACCAAAACUUAGAUGCACUCUGUUUAACAGAAACCUGGCUUAAAGCAGACGACUACAUUAGUUUAAACGAAUCCACCCCACAAGACUAUUAUUAUAAACACGAACCUAGGUUAAAGGGGAGAGGGGGUGGUGUAGCUACAAUAUACAACAAAAUUUUUAAAGUAAACCAAAAAUCUGAACUAAAAUUUAAAUCAUUUGAACUAAUGUUGUUAAAUAUGGAAAUAACUGAUCGUAACCACAAACAGCUCUCUUUUGCCUUAGCUACAAUCUAUAGACCUCCGGGCCACCAUGCAGAUUUCCUUAAAGAAAUAGCAGAUUUUCUGUCUGAGCUUGUAGUCACUGUAGAUAAAGCUCUUAUCGUUGGUGAUUUUAAUAUUCAUGUGGAUAACCAUAAAGAUGCAUUAGGACGUGCGUUUAUGGAUGUUCUAAAUUCUCUCAAUAUUAGACAAAACGUGACAGGGCCAACGCAUACUCGUAAGCACACAUUAGACUUAAUUCUUUCACUCGGGCUUAAUAUUAAUGACAUCAAAAUAUCACCUCAGAGUGAUGCAGUUUCUGACCAUUACCUUGUGUCAUACACUGUACUUCUAGAUAGGAUCACAGACAUCCCAACUUGCAAAAAGUCAUUUCAGGGAGGUAUCCCGAAGCCCCCUACCCCCCCCCCCCCCAAAAAAAAAAAAAAAUUAAGGAGGACAAGGAUAUGA